AUGUUCGGCAUUGCCGAUGAUUCUGUCUUCAGUCACUUCGAAGAGGAGGAGCUUCAAAGACCUGUUCCGAGAAAAGAAAUAGAUGGAAGAAUAAUCUACAAGUCUCGUGAACUCAGAAUGCCUAAAGAAUGGGGUAUCCCUGUUCUAUGUGACUUUGGGUCAGCCGUGCCCGGCGAUAUCGAGCAUCUUGAAGAUGUUCAACCUAAUAUUUACCGCGCACUCGAGGUGAUCCUGGAAGUACCAUGGACAUACAGCAUUGAUGUGUGGAAUGUUGGUUGUAUGAUCUGGAAUAUAUUCGAAGGCGGGUCCCUGUUCACGGGACAAGACCCAGAAUUUCAGACAUAUCGAAGUCGAGCGCAUCUUGCUGAGAUCAUAAGUCUUCUUGGCCGGCCACCGUCUACUUUACUUGCCCCCGGACAACUCACUCAGAAAUUCUUUUCGGAUGAUGGUGAAUAA